UUUGAACCAAAUGUGGUUCUUUUUCUUCCCACCAGGCGUCAACAGGAAUUUUACUGUCAAAAGAGUGAUUUUUAUUUGCUCGAAAUCAGGCGUGAAAUAAAAAAAAGAAACUACGAGUCAUCUUUUCAUAUCUUGCUUCGUUUGUUACAGCUCUUUCGGUCUAUCAGCCGCCUCUUUUGAUUUCUCUUCGUAGGAGGCCUUCUUCAGUUCUCCCCCCUCGUUCUUCUUUCUACCCAACUUCUUCUCCGAAGUCUCAUAUUUUCAUCGUCCCAGUUUCCUUACCCUCGGAGAACCGGUCACGAGUUCCGACGAGGGGGAGUUCAGAAGGGAGAAAAGAAUUCUAUAAAUAUUCGGAGGAGAGAAAGGCAGUGGAAGUUGAAGGAGGAGGCCUCUUCUUUCCUCUUGGGAACUGUUAUUCCAAUUGCGAACCAUCCUAUUCUCAAGCUUCUGGUUCCACCGGAACGUACAGGUUUUCGUAGGGGAAGAUCGCUGGUGCACCGGUUCGGGCACAGGUGCGUGUUCCGACCUUCUGCCCUUUACUCUUUCUGAGGUUUUAUUUCACCUUCUGCUACGUUUUUUUUUUUUUCACGAUGGUCGAAUUUAUUUACUGAAUAUCCAGCAACUAUGAACUUCCUGAACAAUGUCAAGCUGCUCUUGGUUGGAAGUAUGCCUGUGUCAUUUUGAAUUCAAAUUUGGAAAGUUAUGGCAAAGCUUGGCACUCUUGGACGCAGUGUUUUUAAAAGGGCGUCAAAUGAGAGUAUGAGGCUCCUUGUAACCACAGUAAUAGGAGUUAUGAUUGGCCUUUUUAUUGGAGUAUCAUUCCCUGCAGCGAACAAAACUAAGCUUAAUUUUCCUUCUAGCAUUAUUUCAUAUAUUGAAGGCAAGAAUUCAGGCAUCACAACUGAAUCCUGGAUGACCCAUGCUUGGACAUCUGAGUUUGAAAAUAAUUCGAAUGGCACCACAAAGAUUUAUGUUCCUUCAAAUCCUAAAGGGACAGAAAGACUAGCACCAGGGAUUAUUGUACCUGAAUCAGAUUUUUAUCUUCGUCGGUUGUGGGGUAAUCCAAGUGAGGAUCUAACCCUACAGCAGAAGUACCUUGUAACUUUUACAGUCGGAUAUGAUCAAAGGAAUAAUAUUGACGCAGCAGUGAAAAAGUUCUCUGAAAAUUUUACCAUCAUGUUGUUUCAUUAUGAUGGACGGACUAGUGAAUGGGAUGAGUUUGAAUGGUCAAAACGAGCGAUUCAUGUAAGCGCAAGGAAGCAAACCAAAUGGUGGUAUGCCAAACGCUUUUUGCACCCUGACAUUGUAGCUCGUUAUGAAUACAUCUUCAUCUGGGAUGAAGAUCUAGGAGUGGAGCAUUUUGAUGCUGAGGAGUACAUAAAACUGGUGAGGAAGCAUGACUUGGAGAUUUCACAACCUGGUUUAGAGCCGAACAAAGGGCUAACAUGGCAAAUGACUAAAAGAAGAGGUGACCGGGAAGUUCACAAAGAAACAGAGGAGAAGCCUGGCUGGUGCAGUAAUCCCCAGCUGCCUCCAUGUGCCGCAUUUGUUGAGAUAAUGGCACCUGUGUUCUCACAUAAUGCAUGGAGAUGCGUAUGGCAUAUGAUUCAGAAUGAUUUGAUUCAUGGAUGGGGCCUUGAUUUUGCACUGAGAAAAUGUGUGGAGCCUGCACAUGAGAAAAUUGGCGUUGUGGAUUCUCAAUGGAUCGAUCAUAAAGUUGUUCCUUCACUUGGGAAUCAGGGCAAGGCAGUAGAUGGGAAAGCUCCAUGGCAAGGGGUGAGGGAGCGGUGCCAUAAAGAGUGGAGUAUGUUCCAAACUCGAUUAGCAGAUGCAGAGAAAGCUUAUUACAAAAGGAUGGCGGUCUUUUCUACAAAUGAAACUCAUGUUUAGAUUGAUAGUGAUAGAUAUUGAUAUAAGCUGGACGGUGUUAUUGUAUGCCAUAGGUUGUUUUUGUCAUGCCCUCCAUCUUUGUCCCUCUUUUCUUUACUUGUUUAGGCGGAUGAUGGAAACGCAGGGCAAAUGUGAAUUAUUUAUAUGUAUAUAUGCUCUCUGAUUACAAGCAAUUUAUAACUUAAUAAUGUUAUAUGGUUCCUCA